GGCGAGCCCGGGGCGUGGCCGUAUAGCCACGAGAGGAGGGGGCGGGUCCUGCUGUUGCCUGGAUCCCGGAGGUGGGGCUGAUGGUUGGCCAGGAAACUAGGAAGCGGCCAGAUGAAUGACGCGAGCAGUCUAGCGGGAAAGGCGGGACUUGAAAGUUUGCCCUGGCCGGGGGCGGGGCCGUGGCCUUCACUGCCGGACGGAAGCUGGACAUCUUCCCUGGAAAGCGGCGGGCCGGCCUGGAAGUUUCGUCCGCGCAGGGGAGGCUAUCCACUGGGGACGUGGAGCUGGGCCCUGGAAGCCUCGCCAGAAGCCCCAGUGUGAAUCCAGAUUCUGCUGGGGAGAUUUGCUGGGGUCCUGACCCCACCCACCCAGUGAAAUGGCAGCCACGCUGGAUCUGAAAUCGAAGGAGGAGAAGGAUGCUGAGUUGGACAAGAGGAUCGAGGCUCUUCGUCGGAAGAAUGAGGCUCUCAUCCGGCGCUACCAGGAGAUUGAGGAGGACCGCAAAAAGGCUGAGCUUGAGGGAGUAGCAGUGACCGCUCCCAGGAAGGGCCGCAUGGUGGAAAAGGAGAAUGUAGCUGUCGAGGUGGAUAGGAACCUCGGUCCCUCCCGGAGGUCUCCUGGGACACCUCGGCCCCCUGGGCCCAGCAAAGGAAGCCGACCUCCCCCUCAGCUGGGCGGCAGGGCAGGCAUGGGCCGGGCAUCCCGAAGUUGGGAGGACAGUCCUGGGGAGCAUUCUCGAGGAUCUGGGGGCCGCGGCCGGAGGGGCCGGGGCAGAGGGUCCCCUCAUCUCUCUGGAGCUGGAGAUGCCGCCACUGCUGACCGGAAAUCCAAGGAGUGGGAGGAGCGGCGCAGGCAGAACAUUGAGAAGAUGAAUGAGGAGAUGGAGAAGAUUGCCGAGUAUGAACGCCACCAGCGGGAAGGUGUGCUGGAGCCUAACCCUGUGCGCAACUUCCUGGAUGACCCCCGGCGGCGUGGUGGGCCCCUGGAGGAGCCAGAGCGUGACCGCCGGGAGGGCAGCCGCCGGCAUGGGCGCAACUGGGGGGGCCCCGACUUUGAGCGGGUGCGCUCUGGUCUUGAGCAGGAGCGGCAGGGCCGCCGGGCCGGCCUGGGCGGUGCCGGGGACAUGACGCUCUCCAUGACGGGCCGGGAGCGGUCGGAGUACCUGCGCUGGAAGCAGGAGAGAGAGAAGAUCGACCAGGAGCGGCUGCAGAGACACCGCAAACCCACUGGCCAGUGGCGGCGGGAGUGGGAUGCUGAGAAGACCGAUGGGAUGUUCAAGGAUGGCCCAGCCACUGCCCUGGAACCAUCACACCGCUAUGAUGAUCAGGCCUGGGCUCGACCUCCCAAACCCCCUACUUUUGGGGAGUUCCUGUCCCAGCACAAAGCUGAGGUCAGCCGCAGGAGGAGGAAGAACAGCCGACCCCAGGCCAAGGCAGUCCCCCGUGCCUACAGUGACCAUGAUGACCGUUGGGAAACGAAGGAGAUAGUGUCCUCAGCCCCUGAGGCCCCACAGCCCACCCCUGAGGAGAUGCCCACGCAGCCUCCCGAGACCCCAGCCCCUGCCCACCGGCCUCCUGAGGAUGAAGGAGAGGAGGAGGGGGAGGAGGAGGAUGAGGAAGAAGGGGAGGAGGAUGAGGAUGAAGAAUGGGAGGAUGUGAGUGAGGACGAGGAGGAGAUUGAGGAGGAAGAAGAGGCUGACGAGGAAGAACCAGCCCAAGACCACCAACCCCAAGAAGCUGAACCCGCCGGGAGUCCCGCCAGUGAGCAAGUGGACAAAGUGCCCUCCAGACCCGAGGAGCCCCUGGUGCUUCCCCAGGCCCCUGCCACGCCUUCUAGCCCCUUCUCGCCCCCCGGGGGCCACCAACCAGUGUCCGACUGGGGUGAAGAGAUGGAGCUGAAUUCUCCCCGGACCGCCCACCCGGCGGAUGCCCUCUCUCCGGGAGGUGACCGGCCAGCCCCUGCCUCCCCGGAAAGUGGACCCAGCCUCCCAGGAUCCCAGAAAGCUGAAGAGGAGGGGUCUGAGGUUGCUCCAGAGGCGGUCCCUGAGGGCCAGGAGACAGCGGAGAUCACUGACUUCCAGAGGGUGCGUUUCUGCAAAGUGGUGGUGGUUGCUGAGCCACCUGGGGCUGCCCGCUGACCGAGUCUGCCGACUGUGGCCUCCGCGCUCUGCACUAACCUCCCUCCAUUUCGCUCUGUCUUCUGCUCACACCACACUCCAGCCAGGAGAGGGUUAAAUGUAAGGGGGGAGGAGCCAGGGACUGUGAACCCAGGUCCAGUCUCACAAAUAAGAGAGCCAAGGAACGGGGUAGCUGAGAUGCUCCUCCCUUCCCCCCCACCCCAGUUAUCUGCCUAUGGAGGCCAAGGGAACCUCGGCGCCAGUCCCGGGGCUGAGGCUCCCACCUCCAGGAGUUUACAUCUGGGGCAUGGCAGAUAGCCAGUGACUUUUCCCAAUGACUUUAAUUACUGGGCCAUAGCCCGUGUCUAUUAAAUUCAGUGCUUCCGCUAACCUUUGAACUGUGUUUCUGGCGGGUGCAGGUCGGAUUGCUGUGCUUGGUGGGCUUUGCCUUGGCGCACGAGGUGGGUGAAAGGGUUCUUAAUUCCUCCGCCCCCCUGAU